UGAUGAAUUACUGAUGACAGUUUAUUUCUCAGCUGCGAUUUGCGAAUUGUGUGCAAAUGCAAAUGUACUUAAUAAGUAAUGUUUUAUCAUUUAAUAAGUGAAUUUAUCGUUUUAACUUGUAACAAUGUUAAAAUGCGAUAGUUCGCAUAGAUGACCCAUUUAUGAUAAUGUUUAGGUGUAAUAAAAUAAUUAUUGCAUUGUUGAAGCAAAAAAUAAAUCGAUGUCAAUCAAAAUGAAUUUUUCAAAAUAUUAUUCGCUAGGACGUGUGAUAUAUUUUUCCGUUAAAAAAAAUAAUAGUUUUCAGGGUCAUUACGUAAAUAAUCUUGACUGUCAUUGUCAUGCAUCGCAAUAUCAAAAAAGAACAUUUUUCAAUUUUCCUAAAUCUAGUCGAAAACGAGAAUAUUGUGGGAGACAGUUAGUUGGGUAUACAAUGGAACAAAUGUUUGAAGUUGUCUCAGAUGUGGAGAAUUAUUACAAGUUUGUUCCUUGGUGUAAACAAUCCAUUGUUUUGACAAAAACUUCUGAUCAUCUCAAGGCAGACCUGAUUGUUGGUUUCCCUCCAAUCAACGAGAGUUAUACUUCAUAUGUAACACUAGUAAAACCAUAUUUAGUCAAAGCUGAAUGUAAAGAUGGAAAACUAUUUCAUCAUUUGCUGACACUGUGGAGAUUUAGUCCAGGAUUGAAAAGAGAACAAAAGUCAUGUGUAGUUGAUUUUCAAAUAACAUUUGAAUUUCGUUCUGCCUUUCAUUCGAAUUUGUCAAACUUAUUUUUUGACCAAGUAGCAAGGCAAAUGGAGGGUGCUUUUAUAAGAGAAGUUGGAAAGAGACAUGGCCCAGCUGCAAUGCCACCAACAAACCUUCUUCAGAAUAGCAAUACACUAAAAAGUUGACGACAGACUUAAAUUAUUACCUAGUGAAAUGUCGAACUUACAAAGUUAUUAUUAAUAUGAUUGAAAUAAUCUGUUAUUUAUUGUAUGAUGUUACGAAUUGUAAAAAAAAUAUUUAAUUGAUUAUAAGGUGAAGCAAAGCUUCUACUAGUUAUUAAUAAAUUACCAUUUAAAUGUU